CUUCUUUUAUAAAUAAGGAGCAAGAGGAUUUUCAUAUCAGUGCUUACAAAUCUCUCUCUUUCUCUCUCUCUCUCACUGGCAGACAUGACAAUCGAAUUCAAGGUCGAGGUCGUCGCCAAAGAGACCAUCAGUCCGUCGUCUCCGACGCCAGACCAGCUGAAGAAUUUCAAGCUCUCCAUCUUCGACCAACUCAGUCCCAUCCUCUACAUCUCCGUCCUCCUCUUCUACACCUCGGACGUGAGCGUUUCGCCUCCCCACCACCGGUCGAGUCGUCUCAAGUUGUCGCUCUCGAGAGCGCUCGCUCACUUCUACCCCCUCGCCGGGAGGAUCAGGGACAACCUCCACAUCGACUGCGACGACGGCAGCGGUGCUGAGUUCGUCGAAGCCAAAGUCAACUGCCCUCUCUCCCACAUCCUCAACUGCCCCUGCCCGGCCUUGCUGCGCAAGCUCCUUCCCAUCGACACCGAGUCGCCAGAGGCCUCUACCGGACGCCUCUUGCUCGUCCAGGCCAAUACCUUUGGAUGUGGCGGCCUCGCUGUUGGGGUCUGCGUCUCCCACAAGAUCGCUGACGCCUCCACCCUAAGCACCUUCAUCAAGGGGUGGUCCGCCGCUGCCCUCCAUGGUGAAGUCAACGCUGGUGUUGAAAUCCCGCCGCUCGACACGGCGUCAGCGCAGUUCCCGCCACUGGCAGAAUUAGCUGCCACCUCAACCGUGGUGGUGCUCCCGAAAGUGAGGUGCACGACAAGGAGGUACGUGCUCGAUCCCACUGAGAUCACCCCGCUUGCUGCCAGUGAGGCCGUGCCGGAGCCGACCCGGGUGGAGGCUGUGGCGGCCCUCAUGUGGAGGUGUGUGGCCCGCGCUACAAGGAAGAACGAUCCUGGGCGGCGAUCACUGCUGUCCCAAGCAGUGAACCUCCGGGGGCGGCUCCCAAAGCCGCUCCCAGAGACCACGGUCGGGAAUUUCGUCGGGGGCUUCCAGGUGGAGAUUCCGCCCCAAGCAGAGGAGAGCGAGAUGGAGCUGAAGAAGUUGGCGAGCAACAUGAGGGAGGCGAAGAGGGAGUACUUCGAGAACUACACGCCAAGGCUGAGCGGUGGUGGAGUGAGCUGCAUGGCGGUAGUCGAGGCCGCUACCAAGUUCGGCAUGCUGAUCAACAGCGGAGCCGUCGACUUCUACAACUGCAGCAGCUGGUGUGGGCUCGGGCUCCACGACGCCGCAGACUUUGGGUGGGGGAGGCCGGCGUGGGUCAGCCUUGCCGGGGUGGAGUACAAGAACAGCAUUGUCCUGGUGGACGCGAGGGACGGGGACGCCGUCGAGGUCUGGCUGACGCUGAGCGAUGCCGACAUGGAUGCGCUUGACGCUGAUGAGGAGCUGCUCCGGUUCACUUCCCUGAACCCCAGCGUCUCCGGCUUGUCCAUUCCGUGAGAAUUUAUUGCUCCGAGUGUGUAAAAAACCCCAGAAAAUAUCACGCAGAAUUGUCCUAUAUUGACAGCGCAUGACGAGAUAGAUUCCACGAUUAAAAAGGAUACAAACUAGAAAAAGAACAAAUCUAGUGAAUAAAAUUGAAACAAACUCGAACGAGAUUACUUAAAUUUCUUAUGUUUUUUUUUUG